CCUGGAAGCAGGAGGGGAGCAGGAGGAAGAAGGCUGCACAGGCCGGAGAAGUCGGCGGAGCGCGUCGCGCCCCUGGCCCCCCGGGGACCAGGUCCGCCGGGGACCUGGCGGGGAUGGAGCGCCGAGCGGCCGGCCGGGGCAGCGCGCGGCGGCGGGCGGGAUGCGGCGGGCCGGCAGCCUGAGCUCCCCUGAUGGCCCGCGGCGCUGCGACCUGCGGGAGCGACGCGCGGCUGCAGCUGGGCCGGGACGCGGUGCGGCCGGCGCCCGCGCUCCUGGUCCCCGCCGUGCUGCUGGGCACCGCACUCGGCCUCGGCCUCGGCCUCUGGCUCGGCUGCCGCGCCGCCCGCCCGCGUCUGCGGCACCAGAAGGAUGACACUCAGAGUCUGCUCAAGAACUUGGAGUCUAACAUUCAGACCCCAUCGGAAACUGGCUCCCCAUCCAGGAGGAGGAAGAGAGAAGGGCCAGCUUCAAAGGAUGAGGAGGCUCUGGACGAAUGUGAGCCGUCUUUCAACAGCAAUAUCACAGCGUUUGCACUGAAGGCAAAAGUCGUCUAUCCCAUCAACCAGAAGUUCCGGCCUCUGGCCGAUGGUUCCUCCAACCCAUCUCUGCACGAAACCUUAAAGCAGGCGGUCUUGCCGAACCAGCCCAUGGAGGCAUCCCCUUCCAGCAGCCUGGGGAGCCUGAGCCAGGCCGAGAAGGACGACUGCAGCUCCUCAUCUAGUGUCCACUCAGCUGCCAGUGACGACAGGUUCCUUGGCCGCACCUUCCUGGGGGUGAGCAGCUUCCCCGAGGUGCUGACCUGCGAGAGUGUGGACCUUGACUUGUGUAUCUACAACCUUCACUUAAAAGACCUGCUACAUCUGGACGCAGCGCUGAGGCAGGAGAAGCACAUGAUGUUUAUUCAGAUUUUUAAAAUGUGCCUCCUUGACCUUCUUCCUAAAAAGAAAAAUGAUGAUGAAUUAUACCAGAAGAUUCUUUCAAAACAAGAAAAUGAUUUGGAGGAAUUAGAAAAGAGACUUCAGAUCAAACUGUCCAAUACGGAGAUGUUGGGUGCUGGGGACUCUGAAUACAUCACCCUGGCGGAUGUAGAAAAGAAGGAGAGAGAAUAUUCUGAGCAGCUAAUAGCUAAUAUGGAAGCCUUCUGGAAACAGAUGGAAAGCAUCCAGCACUUGCUGGUGGACCAGUUUAAGUGUUCCAGCUCCAAAGCCCGACAGCUCUUGAUGACUCUGACAGAAAGACUGAUCGCAGCUGAAGGGCUGCUGCAGGAUGCUCAGGAUUCACAGGCUCUGGACACCCUGGAGAGGACAAUGGGGCGAGCACACAUGGCCAAAACGAUUGAGUUCUUGAAGCUGCAGGUCCAGGAGGAGACCAAGUGCCGCCUGGCCGCCAUCUCCCGCAGCCUGGAGCUGCUGAGCGUGGAGGGGAAGCUGUCCGGGCGGCAGAAGGAGGAGCUGCUGACCCAGCGGCACAAGGCAUUCUGGGAGGAGGCGGAGCGCUUCAGCAGCGAGUUUGUGCAGCGAGGCAAAGACCUGGUCAAGGCCUCGCUGGUUCGCCAAGCGGAGGGGGCGGCAAGGCUCGCGCUGGCCCAGCGAGAGGAACAGAGGACCUUCCUGGCUGCGUCGCAUCAGGCUGGCCACCCCGCGGAGUUCCUCCAGGUUUUUCACGAGGUCCUGGAGAGGCAGAGGCUGAUUCAGAGUGACCUGGAGGAAGAGGAGAAUGUCAGAGCCACCGAGGCCGUGGCCGCGCUCUGCCAGGAGCUGUACCGCAGCACCAUGGAAACCUUCCAGAAGUUUGUGGACGUCCUGUUCCUCCAGACGCUCCCCCGAGUGACCGACCUCUCCCAGGCAGAGUGUGAAUACCUGAGGCAGGAGGCCCAGGAGAAUGCGGCCCAGCAGCUGGAGAAGUCGGAUCGCUUCCGGAGUCAGCAGUGGAAACUCUUCCAAGAUCUCCUGGAGCAAGAAAAGCAGGUGUGGAUGGAGGAGUACACACUGUCCACUGUGCUGCAGACACACCUGUGGGAUGACCAGGAGAGCAUCAUCCACCGAGUCUUGGGCCAACUUGGCAGCCUCAGUGAAGAGUCCACACAAUGCAUCCUGCAGGGGCAUGACCUGCUCCUGCGCUCAGCUCUCCGGAGGCUGGCUCUCCGCGGCAGCGCCAUCACCACCCUGACCCAGAUGAGACUGUCGGGGAAGAAGAGCCUUCUCCAGGAGCUGCGUGAGCAGCACGCCCUGGAGCAGGGCUCCUCGCAGUGUCUAGAUGAGCAUCAGUGGCAGCUGCUCAGAGCCUUGGAGGCGCGUGCCCUGGAGGAGGCGGGCAGGCUGGAGGAGGAGGCGCAGCAGACGCGGCUGCAGCUUCAGCAGCAGCUCCUGGCCGAGGCCCAGGAAGUCAGGCAGCUCCUGCAGCAGCACACAGAGCGGGCCAUUGGGCAGGCGCUGCUGGGCCACGUGCGCAACGUGGCCUCCAAGAGCCGGGCCAAGGACAGGGAUGACUUCAAGAGAACACUGAUGGAGGCGGCUGUGGAGAGCGUCUACGUCACCAGCACUGGCGUCGACCGGCUCGUGAACGCAUAUUACCAGCAGAUCGGGAGGGCCAUGCAGGACCACGAGGAGAGAAAGCUGCAGCAUCUGAAGACCCUACAGGGGGAGAGGAUGGAAAAUUUCAAGCUGCGGGGAAAGCAAGAACUCGGCGAUCCUUCGUCAGGGGCCAAGAUGGCAGGUGGAGCUCAGGAAGCCUCUGGAGCUGUGCACCAUAGGAUGUUGGCGCAGCAGAAAAAGUUCCUGGCCCAGUUCACGGUGCACCAGCAGACCCGCCGGGAUGCGCGGAAGCAGAAGGCGAGGGUCAUGGACCAUCUGGAAGCCCAGCUUGAGACCCAGCUACAGGAAGCUGAGCAGAGCUUCAUCUCAGAGCUGGCGGCGUUGGCCCGGGUGCCCCUUGCUGAAAGCAAACCGUUUUCAAAUAAGCGUGGGCUGUCAGAAAAGCCACUAAGGACCAAAAGGAGGAAGCCAGCACCCCGGGAGAGAGGGGACCUCGGGGGUCCCAAGGACGAUGACCCUGCCUCUGGGGGUCCCCCCUCAGGACUGCUCAGCAGCAAAAGUCUGAGCCAGCCGGAAAGUGAAGUUGGUGACGGCGAGAAUUCCAAGAAGAUGCUAAAGAGAAGAAGCAAUGUAUAGCUUAAGGCUGGUCGGGGGACGGAACCUGAAGACCCCGUCUGAAUGCCACCUGCCCCUCUCCCAGGCAGUGAGGAGGGACUGGCCACCCCGGGGUGGAGGGGACAGUGGGGUCACCCCUCUGCCCCCAGGCUUGCUGUGCAAGGAUGGAGAAUGGAUAUCAAAGUCCCAGAAAAAGGCUUAAAGGAGUAUGGCGGAGACGAUACCCACCCCUCACCCAGUGGUGGAAACGUGCCUUGUCCAGUUUUCCAGUGUCUCCUUGGCUUCGAGAUGUGGCUCCGUUCCUUGGGGAGCCCCUCCUUCCUGGUUCCCUGUCCCUCUCACUCCCCGUGUCCUGAUGUCACCCUGAACCUGCCUUCCCUGAGCGUUUAAUGGUCUCGUUCCCGCACUGGGGGCCUUCUGCUCACCAGCCACCCGGUGGAGUUCCGCUGCUGGUAAUAAAGGGGUCACCAGACAUUGCUGGUGUUUCCUGGGUCCGAGGCCUUUUCUCCUCCGUUGCCAUCAGCCCCGCUGUCUCUAUCCUAUACGCUGUGACCCCCUCGACCACACGGAUUAUCACCAGGAUCCACUCCUUUCUUUGGCUCAGCCAGCAGCUAAGGCCUGGUCUCAAUGAGGGGAGCUGAGUCUCAGGGCCCCAUGACAUAGACCAUGGAAUCCCUGGCCUGCAGGCCUGUCCUCACCCACCCUGGGGACCUGAGGACCCACAGAUACAUGAUGACGCGUGCACUAGUGUCUUCUGUUGGAGACACUUGCAGUGCUAGGAAGGAGGCCCUGCCCAGGAGGACUUCCCCUGGGAGGGAUGAGGACUUCUGACAGACAGUAGCCCUCCCCUAAAGAGACAUGCUUCUCCCAGUGGAGGCUGAGAAUAUUCAGAAGCUUCCAGACCAGCCACCGCCUUUCCCAUCUGGAAAGAAAAUUGCCCUUUUCAUCGAAAUCAGGGAUUCUCAGUCUUGGUACGAUGGACUUGGGGGGUGAGAAAAUUCUUUGUUUGGGGCUGGGGGCUGUCUUGUGCAUUAUGGGAUGUUUAGCAGCAUCGCUGGCCUCUACCCACUAGAUGCCGCAAGCACUCCCCAGCUGUGUCUACAAAAAAAUGUCUAAAUGUCUCCAAACAUUGCCAGAUGUUCCCUAGGGGGAAUCACCCACUGACCUAACUCAGAGUGUGCUGGCCCCGGGCAAGUCUGGGAUGAAGAGUUCAGGGGUUCCACAAAUUCCCAGUACACAGUGGGCUCCAGAUUAUAGAAGCCCCUGUCUCAGGGAUUUUCUGGACCGUUUGUGGUCUGAAUUUUUAUUUCUUAAUACCUUGAUUAGUCUCUCUUAGGAAAAUGUGGUCCCUAACAGAAGAAGUAAUCCAUGCUAGUUACAUCGUUGUCAGAGGAUCCUCAAAUCCCGACUGGUCACCAGGCGAAUUUCCCAAGUUAACCAACAUCUCCCUCUUGUGGCUAAAUAAAAUAUUUCCUUACUCGGCAGAGUCUUGUCACAAGUUUGGCUUCCUUCCUGCUAUAUUUUGAGAACCUGGUUUACAUAGAAAUUGCUUUUGUCACAUGGGUCCUGUGCAUAGAGGCUUUCUGCAGGCAGAUGCCUCCUGUGUUGGGAACGUCUGAUCUAGUGAUGUGACUUUAGUAAAUGCAGAUGCCCUGGCAACACCAGGAUCUCUGGAAGGUCACGAGCAGUACAGGUUGAGCCUCCACGGAGCUCUCAUGGGUAAUGUUGUUAAGCGUAGCUUCCUUAGCUCAAGGCAAUAUGUCACAUGUCACAUGCUGCUGGACUGCUUGGCACAGUGUGGGGCACAUAGCUCUCCAUGAAGGCUUGUGGACCCUGUUUUCAUCACAUCCCAAAUUGACGCUAGAGGUGCCUUUCAUGAUGGAACUGUCUUCUAGAUCAAAAUAAAAUGUGGCUUUCCAGGACAUGCAGCAGUGCUGGGCACAGGCUCUGGGACACCCAGGUGUGGAUGAGGGCUCAGGCCUGACCCUGAGCUGCAUGAGCACAGCUCACCCAGAGCCAGGGGAGAGGAGGAGCAGCAGGAAGACCCCGAGGACACAUCUCAGCCACCCUCCCUCCUUUUGGGUUGUGUCCCCGGUUCUUAUUAUGGGCUGUGGGUUGUUACAGUGAUGGAAGGAGGUGAAAAUGGAAGGGGUUCAUAAGUGAUGAUAUAAUGAGUGGAUUAAUUUUUAUACACAUGUAGCCUCUCUGAUCUGGCCUGAGUGAUAGGAUGAAGCCAGUGUGAUAUCUAAGAUCACUAGACUGUCCUAGGAGUCCUCCAGCCGGCCUGGCAUCUGUCUUGUCCUCAUCACCUCUGGGGCUGAUCUUGCUGCUGCUGCAGAAGCCUCCUAACUGCUCCUGCGCUUCCCUCCUGCCCUGUCCCACCCUCCUCUUAUCUGUCCACACUUCCUAAAACACAGAUCUGACGGGUGCUCUUCAGUGGCGUUCCCUUGCUCUUAGGAGAAAAAGCAAAUGUCAGUUGAUUGAACCUGGUGUACC